AUGGGGAGUCAAGGCGACGCCGAGCGCAGUGAUGGCCGUCGUAGCUCUCGCAUCUCUCGUGCGUCGUUGAAAGAAGACUGGUCCAACCUGGAUGAAUACGGCAAGCUGGUCAAGUAUGUCUCGACAUUCCGUGACACGGUCGCAGAGGAGGAGCAAGGGCAAUUUGAGGAGAAGCGACUCUGGUACGCGCCGUGGAAGAAACGCCAGGUCCGCGUGAAGAAAAUCGAGCAAGGAGCUGGGACUUUCCCCGAUGACUGGCUCAUAACCGAUAUCCGCGAAGGGCUGUCGAGCGAGGAAGUGCCCCAACGGCGCCGGAGGUCGGGCUGGAAUGAACUGGUUUCUGAGAAGGAAAACCCCAUUGCCAAGAUUCUGUCGUAUUUUCGUGGCCCUAUUCUUUAUGUCAUGGAGUUGGCGGUGCUGCUCGCUGCCGGUCUGGACGACUGGGUUGACUUUGGUGUCAUCAUUGGUAUCUUGUGUCUGAACGCCGCUGUUGGCUGGUAUCAGGAAAAGCAGGCCGCCGACGUGGUUGCCAGUCUCAAGGGCGAUAUUGCCAUGCGGGCCCUGGUCAUGCGUGAUACCUCCCAGCAAGAGAUUCUAGCUCGAGAGUUGGUUCCUGGCGAUGUUAUCAUUGUGGGUGAGGGUCAAGUGGUUCCUGCCGAUGCCAAGGUUAUCUGCGAAUUCAACGAUCCCAAUGGCUGGGAAGAGUUCAAUCAACUCCAAGAGCAAGGCAUGCUCGGCGGGGGCUCUGAAUCUGAAUCUGAAGAAGAAGGCGAACGCGAGGGCAAGGACGAGAAAAAGGGCAAGGAUGAAAAAGAGGGUCAUAAAGGAGAAGACGAAAACCACCAGAAGCGGCCCCGGAAGCGCGGCUAUCCCAUUCUUGCUUGCGAUCACUCUGCCAUCACCGGAGAAUCUCUGGCUGUAGACCGCUAUAUGGGCGAUGUGAUCUACUACACCACCGGCUGCAAGCGUGGAAAAGCGUAUGCAGUGGUCCAAACCACGGCGCGAACGUCCUUUGUCGGCCGCACUGCGAGCAUGGUGCAAUCCGCCAAAGGUGCCGGUCACUUCGAAAUUGUCAUGGACAACAUUGGAACGUCCCUUUUGAUUCUUGUCAUGGCCUGGAUUCUUGCCGCAUGGAUUGGUGGAUUCUUCCGCCAUAUCCCCAUUGCCUCUCCCGGGCAGCAGACUCUUCUUCACUACACUCUUUCUCUGCUGAUCAUCGGUGUCCCUGUCGGUCUUCCCGUGGUCACUACAACCACUAUGGCUGUGGGUGCUGCAUAUUUGGCUAAGAAGAAAGCGAUUGUGCAGAAGUUGACUGCGAUUGAAUCCCUAGCUGGUGUUGAUAUUCUCUGCUCUGAUAAAACUGGAACUCUAACUGCCAACAAACUCAGUAUUCGGGACCCGUACGUGGCAGAAGGCGUGGAUGUCGACUGGAUGUUUGCCGUCGCUGUGCUCGCAUCCUCGCACAAUAUCGACUCGCUCGACCCUAUCGAUAAGGUUACGGUUUUGUCACUCAAACAGUAUCCCAAAGCAAGAGAGAUUCUACGCCGUGGCUGGAAGACGGAGAAAUUUACACCAUUUGACCCCGUCUCAAAACGAAUCGUGACCGUUGCCAACUGCGAUGGCACUCGAUAUACCUGCACCAAAGGCGCCCCGAAGGCGGUGCUCCAGUUAAGCAAGUGUUCGAAAGCUACUGCCGAUAUGUACAAGUCCAAAGCGCAGGAAUUUGCCCAUCGUGGCUUCCGCUCUCUUGGCGUGGCCGUUCAAAAAGAAGGCGAAGACUGGACUCUCCUGGGGGUGUUGCCUAUGUUUGAUCCUCCCCGCGAAGAUACGGCUCAGACAAUCAGCGAAGCCCAGAACCUUGGGAUUAGUGUGAAAAUGCUCACGGGUGAUGCCAUUGCUAUCGCGAAAGAAACUUGCAAGAUGCUGGCAUUGGGUACGAAAGUUUACAACUCCGACAAGCUUAUUCAUGGUGGACUGAGCGGGGCUAUGGCCGGAGAUCUAGUCGAGAAAGCCGAUGGAUUUGCCGAAGUGUUCCCAGAACACAAAUAUCAAGUCGUCCAGAUGUUGCAAGAGCGAGGCCAUCUCACUGCUAUGACUGGCGAUGGUGUGAACGAUGCGCCGUCUCUCAAGAAAGCAGACUGCGGUAUCGCUGUGGAAGGAGCGUCAGAAGCCGCGCAAUCAGCCUCGGACAUUGUCUUCCUCGAGCCGGGGUUAUCAACUAUCAUCGACUCGAUCAAAGUUGCACGACAGAUUUUCCACCGCAUGAAAGCGUAUAUUCAAUAUCGUAUUGCGCUUUGCUUGCACCUCGAAAUCUAUCUGGUGACAUCCAUGAUCAUUCUCAAUGAAAGCAUUCGCGUCGAGCUCAUUGUCUUCCUCGCUUUGUUUGCCGAUCUAGCAACCGUGGCAGUGGCCUACGACCACGCAUCAUUCGAACUACGGCCCGUGGAAUGGCAGCUCCCCAAGAUCUGGUUUAUCUCUGUACUCCUAGGCGUACUACUUGCGCUGGGGACGUGGGUCGUGCGAGGCACAAUGUUCCUGCCGUCGGGCGGCAUCAUCCAAAACUGGGGGUCCAUCCAAGAAGUGCUGUUCCUGGAAGUGGCCCUGACAGAGAACUGGCUGAUCUUCGUGACGCGUGGUAUCGCCACCUGGCCCUCCAUCCACCUGGUCACGGCGAUCCUGGGCGUCGACAUCCUCGCCACCAUUUUCUGUUUGUUCGGCUGGUUCAGCAACCAGGACAUGCCCACCAACCCCAAAGACCAGUUCGUUGAGACUCAAAACGGCUGGACGGAUAUUGUCACUGUCGUGCGGAUCUGGGGCUACUCGCUUGGCGUGGAGAUUGUGAUUGCGCUGGUCUACUUUACAUUGAACAAGAUCAAAUGGCUCGAUGACCUCGGUCGGGCGAAACGCGACAAGGGCGAAAUUAAGAUCGAGAACCUGCUCGGCCAUCUUUCGCGCUUGACUGUUGAGUAUGAGGAGCCUGGUAAGCCUAAGGGCCGGUUCUUCUUGGCUGCCAGCAAGGAAGAAGAGGAUGUUGAGUAA